UCCAUCGGUGUCGCUGAGGCGGAGAAUUACUGGACCAAUGCUCUCCUUCUUUACUGCCUAGUCCAUCAGCUGAACAACACCCGCUGAUUCAGAAUAUUUGAGCUGUGGCAUAAAGAUGGAGCCUGACAACGAAGCCAAAGGUAAGGUGAGUGACCAGGCAAUGCAGAAUCCACAGGCGUUGGCAGCUCUUCAGGACAAAUUAGACAGUGUCUCACAUAGUGCUUCCAUCAUGGACAGCUUACCAAAGUCUGUGAAAAGAAGAGUCAAUGCCUUAAGGAAUCUUCAGGUUAACAGCACGCACAUCGAAGCCAAGUUUUACAAAGAGGUGCACGAGCUGGAGAGAAAGUACAGCGCUCUUUACCAGCCACUGUUUGACAAAAGAAGAAAGGUUGUCUCUGGAGAAGUGGAGCCCACUGAUGAGGAGUGUGAAUGGCAGAGCGACCAUGAGGAUGAAGCAGCAUUAGCAGAAGACCUGAAGAAGAAAGCUGCUAUAGAGGAAAAGACGGAAGAUGCUAAUGAGGAAAAACCUAAGGGAAUUCCAGAGUUCUGGCUCACCAUCUUCCGCAGUGUGGACAUGUUGAGUGAUAUGCUGCAGGAGCAUGACGAACCAAUACUUAAACAUCUUCAUGACAUUAAAGUGAUAUUUUCUGGCCCUGACCAGCCCAUGAGCUUCACGUUAGAAUUCCAUUUUGAACCCAACGAGUACUUCACCAACACAGUCCUUACAAAGGUAUACAAGAUGAAGUCGGAGCCAGAUGCAGAUGAUCCGUUUUCCUUUGAGGGACCAGAAAUCAUCGACUGUGAAGGGUGUGAAAUUGAUUGGCAGAAAGGCAAAGAUGUCACUGUGAAAACGAUCAAGAAGAAGCAGAAGCACAAAGGCAGAGGGACAGCGAGGGUCAUCACCAAACAAGUGCCCAACGAUUCCUUUUUCAACUUUUUCAACCCCAUAAAAGUUUCACCAGAUAAAGAAUUGGACGAGGAUUCAGAGUACACUUUAGCCACAGAUUUUGAAAUCGGUCAUUUCUUCAGGGAAAGAAUCGUUCCGAGAGCAGUUCUGUAUUUCACAGGAGAGGCUCUGGAGGAUGAUGAAAGUUUUGAGGAGGAAGAACUGGAUGAGGGUGAAGAGGAGGACCAAGAUGAUGAGGAGGAGGAGGAGGAUGAAGAGGAGGGAGACUCAAAGUGACAGGCAUAAGUCAUUCUCACCUCAUACAUUUCUAGACCGGGGAUCCUCAGCCUGCAGAGUGUAAACAACAGUAGUUUGGACUGCUCACUCCUGCCCAUCAGCUCAUCUCGAAUCUGCUCUGUAGUGAGCACAACGUCCAACAAAACAACAUGAUGCAGUACAUUAGAAAACUUGGGAGUUUUUUUUUAUUUGACAGAAUUUGCUUACUUCAGUUUAAUGGAUUUAAUACAAUGUUCUAAAUAAAUUGGGCAAUUCCACAUUACAGUCGGCCUCAGAAUGUAGAUACAUAUAAAUAUAGAAAUGUAAAACUAUUUUUUAAUUCAUGAUGAUUUAGGCGUGUACAGACUUUGCCGUUGUGUAGCCAAACAAGUUGAAUUGCAUUUUGGUUUAAAGUGCAAUCGUAUACAAGCAGGUGAAUUUUUAAGCCUGUGUUAAAAAAACUAAACAAAAACAAAUAUGGGAUUGUAUUCUAACUUCCUGUGCACAUGUAACCUUUGUCAAGGUCGCUCGUAUUUAACUAAUAGUUUCUCUUCUCACUUUUCAAGUGUUCUGUGUCCUGGACAUAACCAUUUUUUACACAGCAUAUCUAUUUAUGUACUUUUGGAACAAAACCGCAUGUUUCUGCACUUAUUUAUUUUAUUGAAGUUACAGUUGCUAGCUAGUUGAGCUAGCCCAAAAAAACUAAUGUUCACUGAUUCCUUUCAGGCAUCAGGAGUUUGUGUGUAAUCAUAUCCGGUAUAUUUACAAUGUGGAUGUCUAAUGUUUGCAUCUUAAAGAUCAUCAUUUUGAAAAAUUAAUUCCCUGUCACAUUAAAUGGAUAGUUCACCCCCAAAAAGAUACUUUCCUCUUUAUUUAUUUGCCCACAAGUUUUUCCAAAACUCCAAAAAAAAGAUGUUUUAAAGAAUGUUUUGUAAAAAUGUAAGAACGCCAGCGAGAUCCAUCGUAGAACAACGGUAACCAUCAGUUGUUUGUUUGCUUACAUUUUUUAAACUAUCUUAUUUUUGGUUUUACAUUUUGUGUUGGAAGAACAUUGUGAGGCUGAGAAAAUUCAAAGAAACUUUCAUUUUUGGGUAAACAAUCACUAAGUACAGUACCUACAGUAAUUUUGUUAGUAUUUAAAUCUGCAUUACAUUCAUAAUGCUGGAAUUGCUCAAUUUAGAUAUUAAAAAGAUAGUUCACCCAAAAAUUAAAAUACUGUCAUCAUUUACUUAACUUUGAAUUGUUAAAAACCUGUUUGAGUUUCUUUAUUCUGUUGAAAACAAAAGAAGAAAGUUUGGUUACUGGGACCCAUUGAGGAACCCAUUCUCCCACCUAUUCCCGUUCUUUAAAAUAUCUUCGGUCACACUUUAUUUUGAUGGUCUGUUUGUUGAAUUUAGAUUACAUUGCAUCUACAUGCCAAAUAAUUCUCAUUAGAUUGUAAGUUAGGGUUAGUAUAAGUUGACAUGCAAAGCAAAGCUUAUAGUCAGUUAAAUGUCUGUUGAAGGAGCAGUUUCAACAGAUAUUAAGCAGACAGUCUACUUGUACUCAAACGGACCAUCAAAAUAACGUGUUACCAUAUCUUCCUUUGUUUUCAGCAGAAGAAGGAAACUCACAACAGGUUUAACACUGUGAGGGAGAAUAAACGAUUUAAAUUUUUGGGUGAACUAUCCCUUUAAGUAAUCAAAAAUGACUGCCAAUGGUCACUGAAUUUCUUUGUGAACCGCAGAUGAUUACAUCUCCUCAUUGACUGGCCGCUUUUUGCGAAAUACAACAUCACAUCCCAGAGUCAACUGAAUUAACUUAUUUUGUGACUUGAUCUCAUAGGUUACUCAGGGUUUUUUUAUGCCAAGAUGACAGUGUGCGAGUAUCCAGCUUCGAGAAAACUGUUGAUAUCUAACCUGCUCAAUGUUCUCUUUUGUCUUGUAAAAGAAGGUCAUCUUUUCAAAUCUAGGUUUAGUUGUUACAGAGUUAUUUAUAUGAAUCUUCUUUUCCAUCAUUUCGUUAUUGUUUUCAACUCUCUGUGUUGGUCUUGUGCUUCUCGGUGGAUCCCUGAGAGAAUAUGUUUCGCUGAUGUAUGUACUGUACCCAGUUGAUUAUAGCCCCUUUUAGCAUUUUAAAAAUGCUUUUGCUGUACUGCCCAAGCACUUACUAAAAAGAAAAAAAAAUCAAACAAACAAGUAAACAUGUUUAUUGCCAAA